AUGACACUACUCAAGAUGAUGGACGAGAACUACAAAGCACUAAGGGGAUAUCUGGGAAUUGACUGCCAGGUCCCCUUACCUGAUCAAGAAAUUUCAUCUAUGGAUUUGCUUAUUUGGAAUUGUAGGGGAGCAGGAAAUAAGAGAUUCAAAAGGAAUCUAAGGAAAUUAGUCCAAAUCCACAGAGCAGAAUUGAUGAUAUUUAUGGAGACUAAAGUUGAAUUCAAAUUGAUGGGGACGUUCUUCAAUUGUAUAGGUUUUACAACCUCAAUCCAUGUGGAUCCUACAGGUAGAAGUGGAUAUAUUUGGAUGCUUUGGAACCCUAAUGUUGUUAAUGUACGGGUGGUAGAAACUAGCUCGCAGCAGAUUAUAGCUAACAUUUUAAGGCAAGAUUACCCUGAUUGGCUACUAUCAACUGUCUAUGCUAGGCCAAGUAGUGCCAAGAGAGAUGAUCUUUGGGACCAGCUAGAGGCUAUUGCCCAACACAUGAAUGAUCCUUGGUUAGUUGCUGGGGAUUUUAAUGAUUUUACUACUGCUAAUGACAAGAGAAGUUUCCAUGGAAGUCACCAACAGACCUUCAGCCGAGACCAGAGGAGGAGUAGAAAGUUCAAUGAGAGAAUUGACAAUUGUAAGCUGAUAGAUUUGGGAUGCAUAGGACCAAUGCUGACUUGGUCUAACAAUAGGGAAGGUUGGUCCAACACUAUGGUAAGAUUGGAUAGGGCUAUGUGCAACACUGAAUGGAGAACUACCUUUCCAGAUGGAGCUGUGAGGAACCUCCCGUGCACCUAUUCAGACCAUUCACUUAUGAUUUUGUUCACUUAA